CACACACUGUACACACACUUUCCCAGGAGCAAGUGCAUACGCUUCCACCCCCCAUCAGUUCUUCAGUGGGGAAGCGUGUGUGUUGUGCCUGAUAUCCAGUAGGAUCCAGCAGUGAGGAACAAAGAAGCAGGAGGGAAAUUAGUCAUGCAUAGAGUCUCACUGCACUCUGAAACCAUCAGCAACCUGUGAAUGUAAAAAGAGAACAUCCUCAGAGGAGCUUUCUCUCUGCAUCUGUGAGCCUCGUGAAGAUUCCACUGGAAACCCUGAAAAGGAACAAGUCCGACCGGAGACACUUGCACACUUGCACAGAAUUGCUGAUGUGGAUCUUGUCAAGACUCAGUUCUGGGUAUAUGGUGCAGUGAACAAAACUGAAAAAGGAAGAUAAAGGGCAUGGCGGGCUUUCCUGUCUUGGGCUUUCUGGGCCUUCUACUGCUUCAGAUCACGGCUCCAGUAUGCUAUGGCCAAGGUUGUCCACAAGUCUGUGACUGUGUACCUCAGAGAAAGUCUGUGAAUUGUCAGAACAAACAUCUGAAUUCUUUUCCAAAUGGAAUUCCAUCUGACACAAGAUUGCUAGACCUGGGUAGAAACCAGUUGCGUUGGGUGGAGCAUGGUGACUUGAAACUCUACACACGUUUGGAGGACUUAAAUCUUAGUGAGAAUCUCAUCAGUGUGCUUGAGCCCAAUGCUUUUUCCAGCUUACUUAAUCUUCGCAUAUUACGCCUACGUGCCAACCAGUUGAAGCUGGUGCCAAUGGGUGCCUUCUCACAUCUUGCCAAUCUCACAGUUUUGGACUUGAGUGGAAAUAAACUGGUCAUAUUAGUGGAUUUUACUUUCCAGGAUCUGCGGAGGCUCCAAAAAUUAGAGGUGGGCGACAAUGAUUUGGUGUAUAUUUCAAACAAGGCAUUCCUGGGCUUGACUGGCCUACGGGAACUUACCAUUGAGAGGUGCAACCUGACCUCUAUCUCAGGGCAAGCACUGUCCUAUCUCCGUGGAUUGGUGUCACUACGGCUACGCUACCUCAAUAUUGUCUCAUUAGAGGAGCAUAACUUUUAUAAGCUGGGUGGACUGCGGGGUCUUGAGAUUGACCAUUGGCCAUUUUUAGAGUACAUUUCCCCAUAUAGCUUCCAAGGUCUCAGUUUAUCCUGGCUUUUCAUUACCAACACCAACAUUACUACAGUUCCAUCUGGUGCCCUUCGUAAUCUUAUCCAUUUAUCCAGUCUUAAUCUAUCCCACAAUCCCAUUUCUGUUCUUGAAUCUUGGGCUUUGCGUGAUCUGGUCAAUUUAAAGGACUUACACCUUGUGGGCACCAACCUGAUGUGCGUGCAGCCUUAUGGCCUUGGAGGUCUGCAGCAGAUACGUUUACUUAACCUGUCCAACAAUAGGCUAGUAACACUAGAAGAAGGUACUUUUCACUCUGUAAACACCUUGGAAAUACUUCGGCUUGAUGGUAACCCUCUGUCCUGUGACUGCCGUUUGCUGUGGAUCUUGCAGCGUCGGAAGACCCUUAACUUUGACGGCCAGUUCCCAGUUUGUGCCAGACCGGUUGAGGUGCUAGGUAAAGCUCUUAGUGCCUUCUCUGACACAGCACUCCUGGAUCACUUUACGUGUCAGCGACCGAAAAUACGCAACCGAAAGCUACAACAGCUAUCUGCACGGGAGGGUCAGAUUGUAUCAUUUUAUUGUCAAGCAGAUGGAGACCCAACUCCAACCAUCUUCUGGAUUUCACCUCAGCGCCGCCGCAUCACUACUAGAAGCACUGGUCGCCUUAUAGUGUUGCCAGAGGGAACAUUAGAAAUCCACUAUGUCCAAGUAGCAGAUAGUGGAACCUAUAUUUGCAUUGCUAGCAAUGCAGGUGGUAAUGACACCUACUUUGCCACAUUAACUGUCACUGGGAUACCCUUGGAUGCAGGUCUCUUCCCAAAUCGCUCCUCUGUAGGUGACCUCAAUGACAGUAAUCUGAACGACACACGGGUCUUCCUAAAGUUCACAUUAGACCUCAAGACCAUUUUGGUCUCCACAGCAAUGGGUUGUAUAACCUUUUUGGGAGUAGUCAUUUUCUGCUUCUUGCUUUUGUUUGUGUGGAGUCGUGGACGGGGACAGCACAAAAACAACUUUUCAAUGGAGUACUCCUUCAGAAAGGUGGACGGUCCGUCAGCCAGCGGGGGCCAAGGUGGGGCUCGAAAAUUCAAUAUGAAAAUGAUAUAGAGUUACUGUAUACAUCAAUAGUCUUCUCAAAGGUGUCUUCUGCGUAUGAUUGGGUAACAGAAGAUGUAUAUGAUGUAUGUGUUUUCCUCAGUAUUUUUUUCUUAAUUGUAUGUUUUAUAUACAGUUUGCCUACCAUAAGCACAACAUUCUAAAGAGACAUUUAACAUAAACCAGCAAUACAUUCA